AAUGAAAAAUUCUUCAUAAUAAAACAAACACCUUCCUCGUAGAAACCUAGGACACCAAAUAAAAUAGUUUUGAUAUAAACAAGUUGAUAUAAAAUAGUCAUUGACAUAAGUUAAGAGCCCCAUCUCCUUUUUCCCUGAGUGUAGUUUUCAGGUAGUUUGGAAGUUGCAUUACAACAUGGUAAUCUAUUUUCUGGUGAUACCACUUGAAACUGUUGUGAGCAGGACAUCCUCAGAUGUUAUUCCCAAAAUGGUGUGUCUUGUGGUGGUUUCGUAAGGUAGCAACAAUUAAUGCAGGAUUUUGCAUAGGUCACUCUAAAAUUAAUGCCUCCCAUUUAUUUACAUGGAAACUACAACAGAUAAAAAGAUCAGAAUUAACAGUAUUUAUUGAGCAAAAUUUAUAGAGCUACAAAACACUCUUCAACAUCUUCACCACCGUUGGUUAUGCAUUUUCACCAGCAGUGAGCAAGAACCUGCCAUGCUUGUGAAAAUCAGCACCAGCAGAGGUGACCUGCUGUUGCCACUGCUGAAAUGCACCACCUGCAGCCUCACUGUGCUCACAUCCACUGUUUGGUCACCAUCGCCACUUAACAAGCAGGAUGUCAGUGGGAAGGUUCAGCCUUUACUGCCAUGUUACCAAUGUCCACAUCUGAUGUCAUGGGCCAAGAGAAUAAAAUAGGAGGCACUGCUUUCAGAAUUGUCCUCAUGCUAAUCUUAGCAUUGUGUAGCAGUCGUCAUAUAUUUCAUUGCAACUUUCAGGUUUAUAUAAUGUCCCUUUGUACUUAAUGAGGCUUUGCAUUUGCUCUUUGGGAUGAGAAGCGGUAGUGAACAAUAGCUCAUGUGAGUGACAGAACUUGGACUUGUAGAGUUAUUUUAAGUGGACUUUCAAUUUCUGUCAUGAACAGAACAUGUUUUUGGCCAUUAUCAACGAUACAUACUCUGAAGUCAAAUCGGAUAUGGCACAACAGAAGGCAGAAAUGGAAUUGUCUGACCUUAUCAGAAAGGGCUAUAACAAAGCCAUGGUCAAACUUAAAUUAAAGAAAACCACUGUUGAUGACAUUUCUGAAAGCUUGAGACAGGGUGGAGGAAAACUAAAUUUUGAUGAACUCCGGCAAGAUCUAAAAGGGAAGGGCCACACUGAUGCAGAGAUCGAGGCAAUAUUUACCAAAUACGAUCAGGAUGGGGAUCAGGAACUGACAGAGCAUGAACACCAGCAGAUGAGAGAUGACUUGGAGAAAGAGAGGGAGGAUCUGGAAUUGGAUAGGAGCUCUCUGCCACGUCCUCUGAGCAGCCGCAGCUUUUCUCGGAGCUUGGAUGACUCUGAGGAAGAUGAAGAUGAAGACAGUGGGCACAGCUCAAGGAGGAGGGGAAGCAGCUCUAGUGGAGUGUCCUAUGAAGAGUUCCAAGUGUAAGUUAAUCCUGAUGAGGAAGCAA